ACGGCACAUCGCUCCACAACACCGACCCAGCAACAACCAGCCAGCUGUCACCGGAAACUAAUAACACAGGUACAAUGAUUCGUCUCAGCAGCGCAUUGGCUGUUGCCAUAGCAACAAUCCUCGUCUGCUGCAAUGCCGAAUCACGUCAGGAACGAGACGUGUCACCCGAUAGACUCAAUGACGCUGCUUUCAGACAAAAGCAAGAAGUUGAUAAUUUCAUACGACUCUUAGUACAGAAUGAACUAAUGAAUGGUGGAAGACACUUUAGUAGAAUAGGUGGUACUAAUGGAAGACAAAGAAGCUUUGUGUAUGGUCUAACAGCUGAUAAACUUGGCGAUAAUCUUGACAGAACUGCGCCGUAUGGAGAACUUAAUGGUGUAGAAGACGAGAAAAUGCAAUAUGCACGAUUCAUAGAUUCGCUCGGUGGUGGAAAUUUUGUUCGCAAUCUGGAUUCCAUUGGAGGUGGAAACUUAGUCAGGAAUCUAGAUUCAAUCGGUGGUGGAAAUCUAGUCAGAAACCUAGAUUCUAUCGGUGGUGGAAAUCUCGUCAGAAAUCUGGAUUCCAUCGGUGGUGGAAAUCUAGUCAGAAACCUAGACUCCAUCGGUGGUGGAAAUCUAGUCAGAAAUCUAGAUUCUAUUGGUGGAGGAAAUUUGGUCAGAAAUCUAGAUUCCAUUGGUGGUGGAAAUCUAGUCAAAAAAAAUCUUGACCAAAUUGGCGGACCUAAUCUUGUAAAGCGUCACGUUGACUCAUUGGGCGGUGGUAAUUUAGUUCGAGAAGUUUAUCCAAUGAUUGGAAAUUUCGUUUAAACCUAUACCACUGAUUUAGAAGAAUAUUAUUAAGAUUAAUAUUACUUACUACAGUGUUUUCGUCGUAAUAAAUGUGAUAUCCUUAUUUAAUUUCCUCUUAUAAUUAAUUAAAAACAAUUUCAUUCAAAAUAAAUACUACGCAGAACAA